CUUUGCAUCCCAUCGCACCGCCGCUUGGACCACCGACCCUUCCGCACCCUCCAAGAUGCUCGACAACCACUCUGUCCUCGUUGCCCCCUGGAUCCGCACCUUCCAGCGCAUCGCCCACCGCAACAACCUCCGAGUCCUCAUCCCUACCCUUGCCAUCUGGGGUGGUGCUGCCGGUGCCUUUGCCCUCAGCAUCCUGGAAGUCGCUCCCCUCAUCCAGCGAGAUGUUCUCCAGCACAUCCCCGUCGCUGGCAGCCUCUACAAGGCCAGACUCGAGAAGGCUGCUCUCGUCGACUAAAUUCCAUACCAAAUAACCUCGCCUUCCUUUGUCACCAUCACGCUGCGUCUCAUGCCGUUUCUCUGCUUGAUCAACCAGGCAGGACCCUCGCUCCAAGGCACGUCCUUGGAAAAUAUAUAAGCGCUUCACCACCCGAG